AUACUGAAGAAUCCAUUACCACGACAUCAGCUACAUCAACUGCAUCAACUGCAAAUGAAAAUAACCCUGACUUUGCUUACUAUAAAAUAUAUGAACUUAAUCUUGUCAGAAGUCAGCAAAAGCUCUACCCAUAUACUCAUAAAGGUAGUAAUAUUUCAAAUAUGAUAGCCCACUUACAUGAUAAGCACAAUAUAAUUAAAGACAAUUAUACUGAUUAUUUGGAUGAACAUAAUGAAUAUCCAACUCUUAAUCUUGUUUAUCCAUGUAUAGAAGUACUUAAGAAGGGAUUUGUAUCAGAGACAGAUGAAACAGUAGAUAUCUAUUUGAACUUUAUUUAUAAAGAAGCAGAAAAUGAUGAUAAUAAGAGUGAUGAAACAAGUGAUAAUGAUAUCUCAGCUGCUGAUACCUUUGCUCGUAGUUGUGGUUGUGAACAAAAUAGAAGAAUGCCAAGACAAUCUAAUAAUGAAGAUUUGAAAGAUAUAGACAAAGUAAAGGAUCUACUACCAGUUUCUAUUGCCAGCUUGCUUAAUAGAGUUCAAACUACUAUUUAUUUAUCAAUGGAUGAGUUAUGGUCAGUUCUAUCAGAUAAUGCUUUAGUUGUCAUAUUACUUGAUCCAAGUUUUAAACAUUUUAAGUGGGCAACAAAUAACAUUGAAAAAGGCUUGGUAAAUAGAAGUUAUAGCAAUAAUGAUGAUUUUUUUCAAGAUUUAGAAGCAGAUUCUGCACAAACAAACAUGGAAAAAGAUAAUAAAAUAACAUCAUGCAAGUAUCUCUCCAUCCUGGCUACUUCUGUAUCAAGCAAGAGAUUAUUUUCUGAUGCCAGUAACUACAUUUCAGCAAAACAAGCAUGUUUAUCUUUUGACUUAGUAAAUAAGUAUGAAAAUCAGAAAAUUAUAAUAGAAUUUAUUAAUGAUCAUAAAGAGGAUUCUCUCUUUUCAAAUUUAAUCUUAUAG